AUGUGCCUGCGGCGUUUCUUUUCCACUGUCCGUGCUCUACAACAUGAGAAUCCUCUAGGACUACCACAAUCAGGAACGCCUCCAACGUUUAAAAGCCGCCGCGGCCUACCCCAAAAACGCAGAAUCCGUGAUGUCGCAAAAGUUGUCGCAGUGUCUUCGGCCAAAGGCGGGGUGGGAAAAUCAACAAUUGCUGUGAAUUUAGCACUCGCUCUAGCCCGUCGAGGUAUUCGCACUGGUAUCCUCGACACCGACAUCUUCGGACCAUCGAUACCCACUCUUUUAAAUCUUCACGGUGAACCACGCCUCGACAGCAACAAUUGCCUCAUCCCCUUGACAAACUACGGACUAAAAUCCAUGUCAAUGGGAUAUCUCCUCCCUCAAGCCUCGUCCUCUACUACCUCCGAUAACGAACUCACCCCUUCCUCUCUUCCACCUAUGGACACAACACCUAUAAGCUGGCGCGGCCUAAUGGUCACAAAAGCAAUGCAACAGCUCCUUCACUCCGUAUCCUGGGGCCCCCUCGACAUCCUAAUCCUCGACCUCCCGCCCGGAACAGGCGAUGUCCAACUCACAAUCGGCCAAGAAAUCAUCCUCGACGGCGCCGUGAUCGUCUCAACACCACAGGACAUCGCCCUUCGCGACGCAGUCCGCGGAUUCGGAAUGUUUCAAAAGAUGAACGUACCCGUACUAGGUAUGGUUCAAAACAUGGCAUUCUUUGCGUGCCCGAAUUGCGGGCAUGAGACGAAGAUAUUCUCCCAUUCACAUUCGCAUGCUGCUGACGCCGCGGGUGGUGUUGUGGCGCAGUGCCAGAGACUGGGUAUUGAGUUUUUGGGCGAUAUACCUCUUGAUGCGAGAGUGUGUGAGGAUGCAGAUCGGGGGAUGCCGACUGUUGUUGCGGAAGAAGGGGAUCCGAAUAGUGCGCGGAGGAAAGCGUUUAUGAGGAUAGCGGAGAAGGUUGCCAAGGGGGUGGGGAUAGAAUGGGCGUAA